UUCCUCUCUAUCACACAUCAGACUUUUCCCAGUGGAGCUGGAGAACAGGCUUCAAUGAAAACUGCCUGUUUGCAGCUAUAUGGAUAUUACAGCUACCACAAGCACUACUUCCUCUACCUGACCUGGAGCAGAAACAUCAUUAUCAGGAUAGAAAGGGAACCUUGUUGCCUAGCAAAGGUGGGAUGAUUUAUCUCCGUCUCUAGAUUGGUCCCUUUUCUUUCCUGCACAAAAGAAUUGUUUUCAGACUUCCAAGGAGAAUGAAGCCAGGCUAGAAAACGGAGUGAAUGUAAAACAGCUGCUCUCCCACGGAGGAGAAGGAGUCACAGGUUUUCACUGCUUUUCGUUCCUGUGCAGCUCAAGACAAUGGUUUUGUCUGCCCCAAUUAUUGCCCUUGGGGCUACCUUAGGGACUGCAACUAGCAUCCUUGCCCUCUGUGGUCUCACCUGCUUCUGCAAAUGCAAGCAACCUGGGAAAGGACUCUCAGAAAAGGACCAAGAUGAGGACACAGAAAAUACUAAGCCCAGUGUGCUUCAACCAGCCCAGCAAUUCAACGUUAAGAAAACUGCAGAGCCAGUCCAGCCUCGAGCUCUCCUGAAGUUUCCUAACAUUUAUGGCCCCAAACCUGUUGUAACUUCACCUGAGGUUGUUAACUACACACAAUACUCCUUGAAGACAACAGAAGAACCAGCCACUGUAAAACACGCUGUUUUGGAUGAGAACAGGAUGAAGAUACAAGUAAAUGAAGAAUUGUUCAUUCUCCCUCAAAACGUUCCAGGUGUGGUAAAGGAUGUGUGUGUCACGGAGCAUUUGAAGCCCGAGCGGGCAGCCAGCUGUAACCAGGUCCCUGAACUGCGCUAUUCCCUCACGUAUGAUCAACAAAAAGCUGAGCUGUGUGUGGCCCUUCUGGAAGCUAUGCAUGGCAAAAUGAGUAGUGACCAAGAUGCUGGCUGCCAUUGCUACAUAUUGGGCACACUGGUGAGUAAAUCUGGCAUGACUGAAGCCCAGACAGAGCUGAAGAAGAAGGUGCUUCACACCCUCUGGGAGGAGGCCCUGCGGUUUCCAUUACCUGAGGAGGAGAUGCAAGAGGGGACACUGACUCUUACCCUGAGAAACUGCGACAAGUUCUCCAGACACAGCAUUGUGGGGGAACUUAACCUGAGCCUUGCUAACAUGGAGGACUUCGGGAUGAGCCAGUGGGAAAGGCUAAAGACCCCAGAGAAGGAGCCAUCUACAGGCUAUGGGGAAGUUCUGCUCUCUAUCAGCUAUCUGCCAGCUGCAAACCGCCUGCUCGUGGUGAUUAUUAAGGCUAAAAAUCUCCAUUCCAAACAGCUGAAAGAUCUACUUGGAAAUGACGUUUCUGUCAAGGUGACCCUGAGGCAUCAGUCCUUGAAGCUGAAGAAGAAGCAGACCAAACGUGCAAAGCACAAGAUCAACCCUGUCUGGAAUGAGAUGAUCAUGUUUGAGGUGCCUCACGAGCUGCUACGUGCCUCUAGUGUGGAGCUGGAAAUUCUGAGCCAGGAUGGUGCUGGGCAAAGCCAAGUGCUCGGCAAGUGCAGCCUGGGUUUGCAUGUCACAGGCACAGAGAGGAACCACUGGGAAGAAAUGCUGAGGAACCCCAGAAGACAGAUUGCCAUGUGGCAUCAGCUCCACAAGUAGGCACGCUGUGACUACUGCCAACCAGAUUUCCUCCAAGCCUCUGAGCAUGGGGAAAUAAGCUGCAUUUCACCUUCCACUUUCCCAUCCCACCAAGUGGCCCAGUACAGCAUUCUUCUCAGGCCACCCGCUCUGAUUGCCAAAGGAAACUGUCUGGAAAAUGUAUUUAGAGGACAAUCCUCACCCGACCAGGUGGUUCUCUCAAAUAAAGGGUUUGGCUGUCAGGGUGAUCUGCAUUACUUUUGUUAGCCUGCCCACUGCCAUUUCUUAGAGUU